AUGUCAGAUCAAGUGCCUAUUGAAAACCAACAACAAAUUCCUGAUCAAAUACAAAUUGAUCCAACCACCACUAAUAAUAAUGAUGAUGGACAAGAUUAUUCCAAUAAAAUGGAACAAGUUGAACAAGAAGCAGCUAAAUUAAGAGAACAAUUACAAGCUGAAUCAACUAAUAAUGGGGUUAGUUUUCUUACAGAUGAACAAAAAAGAGAUUCUGAUUCAAGAUCUAUAUAUAUUGGUAAUGUUGAUUAUGGUACUCUUCCAAUUGAAUUACAACAACAUUUUUCAAGUGCUGGUGUAGUUAGUAGAGUAACGAUAAUGACUGAUAAAAUUACUGGACAAGCUAAAGGAUUUGCAUAUUUAGAAUUUGUUGAUGCUGAAUCAGUUCAAAAAGCUGUUGAUACUUUAGAUGGAUCUACAUUUAGAGAACGUCAAUUAAAAGUUCUGGCUAAAAGAACAAAUAUUCCUGGUAUUAAUGUGAGGGGUAGAGGUGGUUUCAGAGGUGGUAGAGGUGGAAGAGGUGGCUUCAGAGGUGGUAGAGGCGGUAGAGGUGGUAGAGGAGGAAGAGGUGGUUUCAGAGGCGGAAGAGGUGGUGCCAGAUUUAAUCCUUAUUAA